UUGGCAAUAUGGCGUCCUCCUUGAUGUGCUGAUGAGAGGAGUUUCACUGUAGCUUCAAACCAGAGGGCAAAACUCCCCAAAUCAAAUAAGCCCACAUUACCCGUGUUUUUCGCCGCUCCGUGUCGCCCGUUUUUCAGGACUCGUUCUCGGGUAGGAGAGAGUCAGGAGGCCGAAGGCCAGGACCGGCCAGGCCGCGCGGACCCGGGGCUGAGGAACCGGCUGCGGGCGAGCACGAUGGGCCAGUCCUGGCUCUGGUUGCAGCAGCUCCGGCGAGUGCGGGACCCGCAGGGCUGAGAGUGGCUAGAGGAGACCCGAGGUGCUGUGAACCCCCUCCCCUCGGGCGGAGACUUCAGCGCAGUCGGCGAACCGGCACCAAGAGCGGGCGGCCUGCCUGUCCUCGGAUCGGCUGAGGCGUUGGAGGCCGAGAGCAGGGUCAUCGUGAGGCCUGAAGUCUCGCACGCCUUUGACAGCUCCGCUCGCAGCCCCUCCGGGGACGUAGAACCUCAGAAGCAGCCAGUGGCUUGGGUUCUGGGGGCGCGUGCGUACGUGCGGAGCUCCUUGGGCUGCCCCAUUUCCCACCGGCUUUUCCCACCUGCUCCGACUUCCCGCGCAGAGUUAGAGAGAAGGCUCUCAGACUUUUUCCCUGAGUAAGGGUCUCCGCACACUCUCCUUUCUUUUCUUUUUCUACUCCCCUGUUUUCUUGUUUCGUAUUUCACCAGUUCUAGCACACACUAGUUUUUAAGACUGGAGGUUCUCGAGCGCUUGCUGCCAAGGACUCCCCCACCCCCUCCCCCCCUGAUGGAGUCCGAGAUGCUGCAGUCGCCUCUUCUGGGACUCCGGGAGGAAGAUGAGGCCGACCUUACAGACUGGAACCUGCCUUUGGCUUUUAUGAAAAAGAGGCACUGUGAGAAAAUUGAAGGCUCCAAAUCCUUAGCUCAGAGCUGGAGGAUGAAGGAUCGGAUGAAGACCGUCAGUGUUGCCUUAGUUUUGUGCUUGAAUGUCGGUGUGGACCCUCCAGAUGUGGUGAAGACCACCCCCUGUGCACGCUUAGAAUGCUGGAUUGAUCCUCUGUCAAUGGGUCCUCAGAAAGCUCUGGAAACCAUUGGUGCAAAUUUACAGAAGCAGUACGAGAACUGGCAGCCAAGGGCCCGGUACAAGCAGAGCCUCGAUCCAACUGUGGAUGAAGUGAAGAAGCUUUGCACAUCGUUACGUCGAAACGCCAAGGAGGAGCGGGUUCUCUUCCACUACAAUGGCCACGGGGUGCCCCGGCCCACAGUGAAUGGGGAGAUCUGGGUCUUCAACAAGAACUACACUCAGUACAUCCCUCUGUCUAUAUAUGACCUGCAGACGUGGAUGGGCAGCCCGUCGAUAUUCGUCUACGACUGCUCCAAUGCUGGCCUUAUCGUCAAGUCCUUCAAGCAGUUUGCCCUGCAGAGGGAGCAGGAGUUGGAGGUCGCUGCGAUUAACCCGAACCACCCACUGGCGCAGAUGCCUCUGCCCCCGUCGAUGAAGAACUGCAUUCAGCUGGCAGCCUGUGAGGCCAACGAGCUCCUGCCCAUGAUCCCCGACCUCCCAGCCGACCUGUUCACGUCGUGCCUCACCACUCCCAUCAAAAUCGCCCUGCGCUGGUUUUGCAUGCAGAAGUGUGUUAGUCUGGUGCCUGGAGUCACACUGGAUUUAAUAGAAAAGAUUCCUGGCCGGCUGAAUGACAGGAGGACUCCUUUGGGCGAGCUGAAUUGGAUCUUCACAGCGAUCACGGACACCAUUGCGUGGAAUGUGCUCCCUCGGGAUCUCUUCCAAAAGCUCUUCAGACAGGACCUGUUGGUGGCUAGUCUGUUCCGAAAUUUUUUGCUGGCAGAGAGGAUCAUGAGGUCAUAUAGCUGCACCCCCGUCAGCAGCCCGCGCCUGCCCCCCACGUACAUGCACGCGAUGUGGCAAGCCUGGGACCUUGCUGUCGACAUUUGUCUCUCUCAGCUGCCGACGAUCAUCGAGGAAGGCACUGCAUUUCGGCACAGUCCGUUCUUUGCUGAGCAGCUGACCGCAUUCCAGGUGUGGCUCACAAUGGGCGUGGAGAACAGGAACCCACCUGAACAACUUCCCAUUGUUUUACAGGUGCUGCUGAGCCAAGUGCACCGGCUGAGAGCCCUGGAUCUGCUGGGAAGAUUUCUGGACCUGGGGCCCUGGGCGGUGAGCCUGGCCUUGUCUGUGGGCAUCUUCCCCUACGUGCUGAAGCUGCUCCAGAGCUCAGCCAGGGAGCUGCGGCCUCUCCUUGUUUUCAUAUGGGCCAAGAUUCUCGCCGUGGACAGUUCAUGUCAAGCUGACCUGGUGAAGGACAACGGUCACAAAUAUUUCCUUUCGGUCUUGGCAGACCCUUACAUGCCAGCUGAACAUAGGACAAUGACGGCUUUCAUUCUCGCUGUGAUUGUCAACAGCUAUAACACAGGCCAGGAAGCCUGCCUCCAGGGAAACUUGAUCGCCAUUUGCCUGGAGCAGCUCAACGACCCCCACCCCUUGCUGCGCCAGUGGGUGGCCAUCUGCCUAGGACGGAUCUGGCAGAAUUUUGACUCGGCUAGGUGGUGUGGGGUGAGGGACAGUGCUCACGAGAAACUCUGCAGCCUCCUCUCCGACCCCAUUCCUGAGGUGCGCUGCGCAGCAGUCUUUGCCCUCGGCACGUUUGUGGGCAACUCUGCAGAGAGGACCGACCACUCGACCACCAUCGACCACAAUGUGGCCAUGAUGCUGGCCCAGCUGAUCAACGACGGGAGUCCCGUGGUCCGGAAGGAACUGGUGGUGGCUCUGAGUCAUCUUGUAGUUCAGUACGAAAGCAAUUUCUGCACCGUGGCCUUGCAGUUCAUGGAAGAGGAAAAGAACUACCCCUUGCCUUCCCCAGCAACCACAGAGGGCGGGAGUUUGACCCCAGUACGGGACAGCCCCUGCACACCCAGGCUCCGUUCCGUGAGUUCCUACGGAAACAUUCGGGCAGUCACCACUGCUAGAAGCUUGAACAAAUCUUUGCAGAAUCUGAGCUUGACUGAAGAAUCCGGCAGCUCUGUGGCGUUCUCCCCCGGAAACCUGAGCACCAGCAGCAGCGCCAGCAGCACCCUGGGCAGCCCAGAGAAUGAGGAGUACAUCCUCUCCUUCGAGACCAUCGACAAGAUGCGCCGCGUCAGCUCCUACUCCUCCCUCAACUCUCUCAUAGGAGUUUCUUUCAAUAGUGUUUACACUCAAAUUUGGAGAGUGUUACUGCAUCUGGCUGCAGAUCCCUAUCCAGAUGUUUCCGAUUUGGCUAUGAAAGUUCUCAACAGCAUCGCCUACAAGGCCACAGUGAACGCCCGGCCUCAGCGCAUCCUCACCACGUCCUGUCUCACUCAGUCGGCGCCCGCCAGCCCCACCAACAAGGGCAUCCACAUCCACCAGGCCGGAGGCUCCCCGCCAACGUCCAGCACGAGCAGCUCCAGCCUGACCAACGACGUGGCCAAGCAGCCGGUCAGCCGAGACCUGCCUCCAGGCCGGCCAGGCCCCACCGGCCCCACAGGCGUGCAGUACACACCCCACUCCCACCAGUUCCCCCGGACACGGAAGAUGUUUGACAAAGGCCCGGACCAGACCACCGACGAUCCAGAUGAUGCUGCUGGACACAAAAGUUUCAUCUCGGCCACGAUGCAGACGGGAUUCUGUGACUGGAGCGCCCGAUACUUUGCGCAGCCUGUCAUGAAGAUCCCAGAAGAGCAUGACCUGGAGAGUCAAAUCCGCAAGGAGCGGGAAUGGCGAUUUCUACGCAACACCCGCGUCAGAAAGCAGGCGCAGCAGGUCAUCCAGAAGGGUAUCACGAGACUGGAUGACCAGAUAUUUCUGAACAGGAACCCUGGCGUCCCCUCCGUGGUCAAGUUUCACCCCUUUACACCAUGUGUGGCCGUAGCUGACAAAGACAGCAUCUGUUUUUGGGACUGGGAGAAAGGGGAGAAGCUGGAUUAUUUCCACAACGGAAACCCUCGGUACACAAGGGUCACCGCCAUGGAGUAUCUGAACGGCCAGGACUGCUCGCUUCUGCUCACAGCUACAGAUGAUGGUGCCAUCAGAGUCUGGAAGAACUUCGCUGAUUUGGAGAAGAAUCCAGAAAUGGUGACCGCUUGGCAGGGGCUCUCGGACAUGCUGCCAACAACCCGAGGUCUGGCCCGAAGGGUCUCGAUCUAUCUUGACCACAGUAAGCAGGGAGGGUGGCUUCCAGGAGGCACACGCCCAGCACCACCCUGGCAUGAUAGGGAACGCUUUCCCCCACCCCAUCUCUUCUGUCCUGAGAGUAGCUGCUGCAUGUUCUUGGCCCAUUUUCCAGGAGCCGGGAUGGUGGUGGACUGGGAGCAGGAGACUGGCCUUCUCAUGAGCUCGGGGGACGUGCGGAUCAUCCGGAUCUGGGACACGGACCGGGAGAUGAAGGUGCAGGACAUCCCCACAGGUGCUGACAGCUGCGUGACAAGCCUGUCUUGCGACUCCCACCGUUCCCUCGUCGUGGCCGGCCUCGGCGACGGCUCCGUCCGUGUCUACGACAGAAGGAUGGCACUCAGCGAGUGCCGCGUCAUGACGUACCGGGAGCACACGGCCUGGGUGGUGAAGGCUUACCUCCAGAAGCACCCCGAGGGCCACAUCAUGAGCGUGAGCGUCAAUGGAGACGUGCGCUUCUUCGAUCCACGGAUGCCGGAGUCUGUGAAUGUCCUUCAGAUCGUGAAGGGGCUCACGGCCCUCGACAUCCACCCCCAGGCAAACCUGAUCGCGUGUGGCUCCAUGAACCAGUUCACCGCCAUCUACAAUGGGAACGGGGAGCUGAUCAACAACAUCAAGUACUACGACGGCUUCAUGGGCCAGCGCGUCGGAGCCAUCAGCUGCUUGGCCUUCCACCCACACUGGCCUCACCUGGCCGUGGGGAGCAACGACUACUACAUCUCCGUGUACUCGGUGGAGAAGCGCGUCAGAUAGCGGGCGCCCUGCUCCCCACCAGGCCACCCUGUACAUAGUGGACCCGCCGCACUCCCCGUGAACACUGGUCCUGACCUGGCUGCUGAGGGCUCAAGGAAGGCCGUCUGUCUGUCUUCACUGUCGUGCCCAGGAGCCCGGGGAAGGGGGCCCUGGCGGAGUCCUGUGGUGUGACAGCUGCUUCUCUGCUGAGACACAGCUCCCAGACUGGGGACACAGUUGCAGUUCGCCCUUCCCAUGCUGAUUUUCUUCUGAGAUUUUUAACAGGGGAAACACACUCAUUUUAUCUUCCCAGUGACCCAAGCAUUAGCUCCACAAAGGCUCCCAGACGGAAGCCAGCUUCUCCAGGCCUCGGCCGCCCUGGUGGACAGGCAGCGUGGGGCACACGCGGCUCUGGCCAUGGCUUGGCCGAGAGCGAGCGAGAAGGUGUGGCCUCUGCCUGGGCACGUCCUCCCUCCCCGAUGCCUGUCCUCGCCCACUGGGGGCCAUCACGGCCAAAUGGUGGGAGGACCACGGCUCAGCCUCCCCACACGGCCCGCCUUCCCCAACACAGCGCAGCCCUGGACUCGAGCUUGGGCCCCCUCACUGCAAAUCAGUUAGCAGGCGGGGCCGCCACGAUUCGGCCGCCGCCUUGGGCCACGGGGCUUGUUUCUCUCUGAAGUGCUGCUCUUCCCUGGGCAGCCUCGUAUCUCCCCGCCUGUGCCCGCACACGGGUGCACACACGCGUCACACACGUGCAUAUGUGAGGGGCAGUGGGAGCCCCGAGUAUCUGUGGGGAACCAGCGGCCCAGCUCCAGCCCCUGUCCCCACACCCUGGUGCAACUGGAGUUUGCGCCUCGCAGCGAGGAACGCAGAAGAGUUCUUUGGUGAUUGCCUUAGCACGGGUCAGGGCGCCUCUGCGUGUCUGUGCAUGUGCAAGUGCAUGGCAGGCGAACCGUGGGGGCACUGUGGCCCCGGGAAGGGCACAGAGAGCGUGCUGAGCAAUUGCAGACACACAGCUCUUGGGAAACAAAACACAACCACAAUGAUGAUAUUUUAAAAGGCAUUUUUUCCAUUUUUCCUUGGGAAUCAGGAUUAUUCAGCGAUAGAGGAGAGCUGGCUUAACUAAUUCUGCCAAUAAGAGGCCACUAAUAAUGGGAAUGUAAGAGCUGUGACAGAAGUUGAGGUCCCCUUGUGCUGCAGACAAAGGUUCUGCCUCAGCAGAGGGCGUUUUCCAGGUGGCCUGGGUGGGCUGGGCCAGGGUCUGUGCUGGGGCUUCACAGGGCUGGACGGGGCAUGGCGAUGGAAGCAGCCUUCUGCUGCGCGUAGGAUGUCGUGCUCCCACCAGGAAGGUUCUGGGAUGGAAUUCCCACCCCGGCCCAGUGACUGCUUCCACUGUGUUCUGGGUGCAUGAGCAGCGUGGGGUCAGGAGGGCAGCAGAAAGUCCUGACCCUCCCACACAGCCGCCUGUCAGCUCUGCACGGCCCGCCAGGUGGUGACACCGGAACCUUCUGGAAGCUGAGCACCACCCAGACACUGAGAGAGCAUGUGCCCCACCGCUAGCUGACUCAUGGAGUGGUUCCACUCCAGAUUCUGAGCUGACAUGUGGUUCUGUUUGUUUUGAGACAAAACCAUCACCUGCCACGUGCGAGGCUCCAGCGGAGGAGCACGGCCCUCCCGCCUCACCCGGCGCCGUCCCCUGUGCACACGGGGCUGUGUCCCCACAGGCCCGAUGCGAAACUCAAUCAUGGAGUAACCGAGGCUCGAGAGAGCAUCACCUAAAGGUUCAUUUAUCUCUAUUUAUUUUACCAAAAUGAGAAUUGAAAAAGACUUUGACGAAACAUGGAAUUGUAAUGUGAAAGUAAGAGCAAUGACAACAAUAAACUGUUCGUAAAAAUAAA